AUUGGCUCGAUUGUCUCACAUGUUUCACUGCAUAGCUCGACAGUGUUUCGAGCUGAAUUCAUAACAUGGCAAGGACAUUCCCCUACAAUCUUCAUUCAAUACUUUUCCUGUGGAUAGCUCUGGGUUACAGUGAGGGUGAGUUACCCAACUAACAACUGUGUAGAUAUUCACGUUGACGAAGGGCAAACGCUCGACUGAAACGUCGGCCUUAGAAAAUACUUACGGUGGCCAAUAUACAUCAUUAACUCAAUUGACAAAACCAAAUUAUCUUGUUAUACCCCAACUAACGCAACACUACACAUGAAAAAUUUACCCCCACACUUUGGAAAUUUACCCCCACUAUUCGGCAGCUGUAUAUGUUUGUGUCUGGAGUAAGUUGAGUUUCGCACGUGUUCACGUGACAAUAAUAAUAAUGGAAGAUAGAUGAUCGUCUUUUCACGAGCGUAGGACGAAGAAAAAAAUCUGAAUCUCCAUGAGGAAUGGAACCUCAGACCUUUGGAUUCCGCGCUCCGAUGUUCUACCACAGACUCGCCACAGAGACUCUAGUUUGUAUGCCACACAAAGUUACAAACAUGACUCUAUCGACAUUGCUGAUCCUGGCUGUAUGCAAGACGCUUGUCACAUGAAAUUCCUAAUAGACCUUGCUCACCGUAGAGUCUCUGUGGCUCAGUGGUAAGGCAUCGGAGAGCGGAAUCUGAAGGUCUGAGAUUCGAUUCCUCGGAAUUCAAAAACACCUUUCUCUAUUUCUCUAACGAGCUCAAAACUUGCCAUCUCUCUUAUUUUAUUUACAAAUAAUAACAGAGUCUGUGAAUGAAUGAAAAUCACUUAUGUGAACUGCGGCUUAAGCAAUGACCAUAAAGCGAUCUUCGCAGUAAUCAAUACUACUUAAGUAGUAGUGAAAAUAUGGCCUUAAAAAAAUUCAGGCCUGUAGUAGCUCAAUCUCAAUGAAAACCCAGAAGAAUCUUAAAAGGAUAACUGAAUUAAUUCGCGUUGUAAUCUUUUUACCCGUUCAGUAUUCAGUGGUAACUAAAUUAGACACUAGCUUUGUUUGUGGUUAUUUGACAUUUGGGAUACAUUUCCGGCCGAGGGCUGAUAUCACUGUCUAACUGAGCGAAAAAUUGAUUAUGGUAAAUUAUUACUAGAGUUGUUAGGUCCAGAAAACAAAAAUCGGCCAGGCGGGAAAUUUCUGUUUCUUUGCGCUUUCGAUUAUGUCUGGAAUUCGAUGCGAGAUUCCAUGAAACCUUUGAGACAAGGAGCGACUUGUAGUUAUAUUGAAACAAAGAAGAACUUCGUCCGACUUCAAGUGAUAUUGAUAUUUUAUAUUAAUAUCGAGCUGCAAAUGAUGUUUAUUAAGUAUUUCAAAUUGAAGAAGAACAAUGUUUUGAGCGGCGAUCAUGCGAAAGAGUUAUUGUUUGCAUCAGGUAUCGAAAAUUACUAGGCAUGUCCUUAAGUUUAAACCCAGAUACGGCAAAAAGACAUUAUCGAUCAAAACAAAACCACUGAAGCCAUCAAAGCUACCAAAACAAACAACUACAAGGAUUGAAACGAGCGAUGGGAAAAAGACAAUUAACUUGUUACUACUAUGCUUGCCUUCGUGCUGAAUACAGUUAAACUCCAGAGUUCUAUAAGGUAAUAUCUGUCCAACAUACAUUCACAUUUCCUUCAAUUAUAAACAGCGGCAUUAACAUGGCCCACUGGGACAUAUGGUCUACCUAGAGCAAAAGUUGGCUGUCCUGUGACAGUGAAUUCUACGGUAUGGGCCACAGGAUGGCGAUUUGAAGACACUGAGGACUACAAAAAUUCAAAUAACAACUCUAAAUCGCCGAGUUUUCAUCUUGAUACAGAGAUUGGCAUAGAUGUUAACAGAACGUUCUGUAUUAAGACAAAGGACAUCAUCCCUGAGGAGGCUGGCAAGUGGCCACAAGGUAAGUGAUAUACAAUCAAACUGCAAAAAAGUAAAGACCAGUGAAGAUGUAGACUUUGUGAGGCCACAUCCUUCCCCCUAGAAAAUCGUGACGUAUAUUUUCAAUCUUUAACAAGGAAAUAAAUGCUCAUUGUCAAACCAUUUAGCAACAAUACUCGCUUUGCCACUCACCUCCUCUUCGUUUUCUCUAUUAGUGUGGGGUUGGAGGGGAGGGAGGGUAUGGCUUCUCGUAAGUUAGCAAAAAUACUGUGUUUUCCAGAGAAGCCUUUGAUACUACAGAAAUACCAAACUAACAAAAAAAUUGCAAUUGAGAAUAAGGUGUUUCCUUCUAAAGAUGUUCUGGGAUAUCAGGCUGCCCAGGGGUUCGCUAGCACCUGCAUGGGUGGGGUCACCAUAUUGCUGGUUCCCUUCGUUUAACCUCCUCCUCAAGGGAUGAAUGAAGAAAAUUGCUAAGGAUACUUCCUUGACAAAAUACGAAAUGAGGAGCAACAAUCCUAGUUGCCUCUCGGCAAACAAUCAGUGGCCUACAAAAAAACUAUUGAAUUUAACGCUCCUGAAGGUUAUGGACCAUCAGACUCCGUGACCCUGUACCUUCUGUUUUCCAGUCUGCCUUUUAGUUCGUUGAAACAUAUACGAAAGCAAGCUUAAAUUCCUAUAAGUUUGCAGAGAUUGGAAGAUAUUUAUUAUGAUUAUUUCCUUAAGGCAGAUAUUGUAUUUAUAAGAAAGGCGAUUGCCCCAGAGGACUGAAAGAAGGUUACAUAUUUUGGGACGACGAAAACGAUAAGAACAUCAACGAUCAAGGAGGGACACUUCCUGAUGGCAAAUACGACAAGGACACUUCCAUAUACUAUUGUUGCAGCACCGACGGUGACAAAUUUAAGCCCAUCCCCCUCCCCCUAAUCAGUCCGUUUUACCUUAUGGCUUUCAACACGCCAGAGUGCCAGCGCGUGCAAGGCGCCAUUGCCACAGAGGAGUACAUUGCAUUUGACUCUGAAGAUGACAACAACCAAAAUGCGCGUAAUGGAAGCUAUCCCUUCGGAGCAGGAGGGAGGAAUCACCGAGUCUAUUAUUGUUAUUAUGAAGGUAAGGGGUUAAUGUCAGUAUCUGUGCAACUACCCUCCCUUAACAACUGAUGACAAGUUAGGGGUUGAAGUUAGGUUAAAGUUGGGUUAGGGGAGGGUAGGUGCGAACUUGUUCACAUCACGAAAUUGAACCAAGAUAAGUUUUGUAGCAAGAACAUUAGCACGUUGUGUAGGCAUAUCGUAAAAGUAAACACUUUUCAAAAUUAUCCAAUGAGAAUUUAGCGUAAGAACGCAAGGUUAGCCUCAAUUGCUUUCGUCACCACGAUACUAGUUACUGCGGUAUAAUGUUGUUGACACGAUACCGAGGGAGGAAGCGGAAAAGUUUAGGGACGCUGUCCUCGUAGUCUUCGCCAACGAGAAUAAUUUGAUGAGAAAACUACCUUUAAUUAAAGUUGGGCAGAGUAGGAGGGUAUCUUUAUUGGGUGAGGAUUAGUCGAGUUUUAAAAUCGCAGAAAAAAAAAUGCAAACCCUUUAAAAAACUUGAUAAUAACUCCUGACCUAGCCCACUUUGUAAUAUGGGUGAGUAGGGAUCAUCAUUUAUAGGGAAUGGGGAUAAUCCCAGGGGUUUUGUAUCCUCCAUACGGGGCACGAGGGUCUGAGACAAUAAGGAAGACAUGCAAGUGGUAGUCACAGUUCCAAUAAUUUCGUUUUUGUGUGUGUGUUCUUAGGCUGUCUCUAUACAUACAGCUUGGAUAGCGACGAGCAGAUGCUAUUCAUCUCUCCAAAAUUCUUCAACGAUGGAUUUCCGUCGGAGCAGAAGUGCACGUGGCGAUUUGUUGCCCGAGAAAAGGAGAGUAAGGUGCAUAUUACCUUUCUGGAGACACAUAUAAGAGAAGGCGACAGUAUUUCUAUUCGUAAUGGCUGGAACAGUGGAUCAGUCGUGGGUAAAAUAGAUCCAAAAAAUCCCUUCGAUCCCAAUGGAUAUGCGUCACAGAACAAUUUUCUUCUCGUGGAGUUUAAUUCAAAGUCUUCCUUAACACCUGGGAUUCAUCAUCCCAAAGGUUUCCGCGGAAUAUUCAAAAUUAUUUCAAAUAAAGGUAAGAAUCACUGCGAGAAGGUAACAAUAUUAUUGCCUUAUAGGCCAAUAAGUCUCUCAAGUGGCCUUUGGUUUGCACUACUACGUCAGUAUGAGGCAAAAUGACACCAAAGAAUUUUAAAUUGACACCUGGAAAAUAUCAUUGUUGGCAACCAUGUUCAGAUGUCAGAUAACUAUAAUUAUAAUUACUACAUAACUGAUCAAGUCCUGAUAACGAAAGCUUUAGAAAAACAUUUCAUAAUAAAAAAAUAGCGAGAUUAAAACAUGACGUUUCGGCGACAACAUGUCACCAUCAUCAACUGUAAAUUAUUAUAAGUUCAGUGACGUUAUCUAAAGAAAGGAAAGUGUAAAAAAGAGAAUGCACAUAAUUAAAUAAAAAGUUUUCUCUGGAAUUGAGUAUUUCUGACUUUUCAGAGUCGGUCUCUUUUUCCUUAUUAAAAGCAUCUCAUAAAUAAGGCACUCAAACUUUCCGCGGCAUUCCUUAGGAUGGCAAAUUGCUCGUGAGGAUUAAUCAAGUCUACGCAGUUAUGUAGGUUUUUCAUCUGUUCGAAUGGUUGCAGUUCCACAGGGUCCUAAGUGGCCAAAUGGUACAUAUGGACUCCCCCGCCCCAGGGCCGGCUGUCCUCCGAGGUCAGACGACAUUUUCUGGGAGACUGGGUGGAGGUUUCAGGAUACUGAAGACAACAACCCUAGUAAUAAAGUAUCUGAGAGCUUCCACAUGGAUGCUACAGUCGAUAAAAAUGACCUUAAUAAAAGCUUUUGCAUUGCCACGCAGGAUAAGGGAACAGAAUGGCCAAAAGGUGAGUAUAGUUUAUUUAAGCAAGGUUUAGCGGAGACCAGCGGAGUCUACAUCCAAAUUAGAAUUACAGUGAUACGCUGACACUAGUCCACACCCAGGGAUGCAGUCUCACUGCACUUAAUAGCCGUAUUAAUAAAUAUAUCAAAUUGCAAGGUAUCGCGGCAUUCUUCUGUGUCAAAAAUAAUGGCAGCACCUCACCAUGGAUUAGUGACGUGGUAUUGUUUUAGAUAUAUUUGAUCCCAUUGAUCCGAGGAAGUUAUUUUUUCGCAGGUCAGUAUUGCAUUUACAAAAAAGGAGCUUGCCCCAAAGGCCUCUCUGAGGGAUAUAUAUUGUUUGAUGACGAAGACCACAAAAACCAGAAUAAGAUGGGAGGGACACUUCCAGACGGAAUAUACAACAAAGAUACGAAUAUAUCGUAUUGUUGUCGGACGGAUGGUGACAAAUUGGAGCCCGUCACCCUCCCUGUGAGCAAUCCUUUUUACUUGCUGGCCUACAACACAUCUGAGUGUCAGCAGGUUAAUGGAGCUAUCGCUACGAAGGAGUUUAUACAUUAUGACACCGAAGAAGGUGAUCAUAACAGAGACCAGAUGAAUGGUGCUUAUCCUUAUGUGAAAGGAAAGAAUUUGACGAUUACUUACUGUUAUUAUCAAGGUCUGUAUUUACAAGGAGUGGUAUGUAAAAAGCUAUGGUAUAUCAGUAAUUAAAGCAAAUGAGCAGUCAAAAAGCAAGGCGGUAUAAGGCAAAUCAAUCCCGUUCCCAGGCCCUUUCCUAAUUUUGAAAGGAAAAGGUGAAUAUAAUGGAUAAAGCAAUACCUUACCCAGAGAAGUCUGCCGCAGCCGUUUCAAAGAACCUUCAGCAAUCAUCGUGCCACCUCAUAGCUCAUAGCGAGCUCAAAAUGCAGUCACGCCAGGAUUUAACGAGUGAAAUAUUAGCGGGGUUCGCUUCAUUUUCCUUCUCUCCUUAUGGUCAUAAUUUUGGUUUAAUCUUCCCAGCUCUAGAAAGUUUUCCACAGUAUCAGUAUCAGUAACCCUUUCAAUCUACCACGUGGGGGUUAGCCUUUGAAACUUCAACAAAAAUCGUCAGGAGCUCCGUUUCAUGGUUCCAGUCAGGCCUUCGUGUUUAUUGUAGCGGCCAUGGGGUUUAUGAAAGUCCCUAUUGCACUUCACCCUGACUGACCAUCCCUUUCUUUGGGAUUUUGCCCAGGGGCACGACAGGGACAUUGAGCUGGUCUUUGUUCCCCGUGGUUAAUGUCCUAUGCUCCUUACCAGGAGCGAGGAUGGCCUUAUCUCUGAAACAUUAUUUAAUCAAGUAUGAAACCUGUCUGAUACCGAAAAAUGUGACAAUAAAGGAGAUUACAAGUUAAAUCUCUUGAACGAUAAAAACAAGAUUAGGGAACGAGGGAAACAUGCUGCGUGCGACUGCACUUUUUUCCUUGUGUAAACGCAAAUUUUACGUAUGUUUCUCUUCUCAAACAGCCUGUCAUUACACCAUGAGUGAGACUCCUCAGGAGUUCAUGUCACCUUUUUACCGCAGUGGUGAUGGCUACCCGAACUCACAGCUCUGCACCUGGCGAUUCUUGGUACAGGAGAAAAACCCUAAAUCACAGCAGAUCCUAAUCAAGUUCCCAGAGUUUAAUUUAAGAAAAGAUGGGGACGGUGACGUGGUGAGGAUUUACGGCGGCUGGGACGAGAAGGCAAAGCUUCUUGCAGAAUUUAAUGGUGAUCACCCACCCCCAACCAAGGGCGUGGCAGCUGACUCCUCUGUGGUGUAUGUGGUAUUCAAAUCUGACUCACAAGCCCGCUCCAAGGGUUUCAGAGGAGUUUUCUUAAAUCAGAGUAAGUAGCAAAGGCAUGUUUGUAGCUAGUAUGGUCUUUUGAUAAUUGGAGAGGUCGUAGAUGAAUUAAAAACUAUCUGUUUUAAGGAAAGAUGUUUUAUGAUAUAAGUGAGAUCUCUAAUCAUAACAUGCUUUUGUUCUCAUAGCAUACAAUGCUGCUUCUGUACCAACACGACCCAUAACGAUUCCAACACGGCCCAUUCCAGUGAAAACAAAUGAAACUUCAGGUAACAAAUCCGUAGUCCAGGCCAGCGUAAUAACAAUAGUCUUAGAUUAAUACCAAUAAACCAUAGAGGAAUGCAAACUCAGGGUCAGGUGAACCCAGAAAAAUGAAAAUAGUUUUACUUUAAUGCGCUCUAUACUGUUUCCUUCACCUCCUAGAACAUUUACCCAUCUACUUCCGUACAAUUGGUGCUUCUCCAUCUCCUAACUCUUCCAAAUUCAUCUUCAUACCAUGAUUGACACUUUGAUCACAGACUUGAUCAAGAGCUAUCUUCUCCAAACGGUACAUAUGUAUCGAUAAAUCAUCCGACAAACUGGUACCGAGAAUAGACUAGUACAUGAUUUCUUGAUUCAACACCAUAUUCUCUUUACUUUUAUACAAGGAAGUGUAAAGUAGUUACAGGAGAGAAUUAAUUUUUCAGAUCUUGGACAGUUGGACAGCUGCAGUAGAUGCAUCUGCCUGUUCACACAGUUGUGUGCAGAGUAAAAGAGAAGCUGCACUUAUAGAAAUCACAAUAUAUUUUAUUGAAUAGUGUCUUAACUAAAUGUUCAGUUAAAGAAAAGACGAACGAGACAGCUACAGUAACCACAGCAAGUGCCAGUUUAAACCUAACGACGACAAAAUCCGAAGGUAACUAUCACUUUCGGUUUUGCGUUUAAUCUUACUGAAAAACGGAUGAGUGACAUGCUAAAUGUCGCAGAGUAUCCUUGGUUAGCCUUAUUUUUAGUAUAGUUAAAUAAUUAAUUAUCGUUGGAGGUGAAAUAGACCAGGAGCAGUCCCUCCUUUUCGGCGAAGUCUGGGAGUAAGACGUACUUUACGUGCACCAUACAUGCAGGGUUAGUUAUUCAAAACAAACAUUUAAACAUAAGUAGUUCAGAGGGAUACAAAUGAAACCCGUUUUUUUAUCUCUGUCAUACACUGGAAAGAUAUCGUCAGUAAUAGUGAUAGACAGCAACCUUGUCCGGAGAAAAAUACCGUUGAUUUCUCAUGGAAUUUUUUUAACGUUCUGCAUAGAAUUUUAGCUUAGGAUACUAUUAUUCAUACAUGGAUUUUAUCUUGCUCGAAAAGGUUCGCAGAGCGCUCGUUCAGGAAAACACGGUGUUCCAACUGCUAUUAUAGUGCUCGUGGUAAUUGCAAUAUUGAUUGGCAUGGCGGUCAGUAUAUACUGCAUUAGACGAAAGAGACUGAGGCAAAGAAUAAAGAGGAUGACAAAUUCCGGGCUCCUGGUUCAAGGCAAAGACAGGGAAAGCUACCAUUAUAGUGAUCUGGAGGAAUACGAGUUUACGGGGGAAACACCAGACUUAUUUCCACCGUCCUAACUACCUCUGAACCAAUAUUGGUCUGAAUUAAAUUGUGCUUUUUGAAUGGCAAUUAACGGGGCUAAAACAUAGGUUUAAAAGUAAAAAUUUUUAGCUCUAAAGCGAAAUCAAACCCCUUUUUUAAGAAAAUCAGCUGGGAAUUUGUUCAAGCUGGAUUUGAACAAAGAAAAAACAGAGAACUAUACGAACUAAACGAAAUAUAUGAGGAAAGAACAAAGUACAAUACGAAAGAAAAAAAACCUUCAUUUUUCUCAUAAUAUGUAAGAUGGGUUUCCUCUCUAAUUUUGUCGCUGUUUAUUUCGUGUUAAAGCAAUUGAGAAUAAGGUGAAAUACAAGUAGUAAUAUCAUGAGGUGAUGGGCUCCUGGAAAUUCUCAAAAUCGUAAGCAAUUCCAGUUUUGGUCAUUUAAUGAUUCCUGGGUUUCUGUUUAUUUUUCUUCCUAUCUAAUUAAAUACUAGUUAUAGUUCUCACUAGAGCUGCCCCCGCCCUACAGUACCAUUUUCUUUUUUUUUUUUUU